CCGUCAGCCCUUGCCGCGGGGCGGAGGCGGCGGCGGCGGCGCGAUGUCGGUGGCGUUUGUGCCCGAGCGGCUGCGCGGGAAGGCGGAGGUGAACCAGGAGACGCUGCAGCGGUUGCUGGAGGAGAACGACCAGCUGAUCCGGUGCAUCGUGGAGUACCAGAGCAAGGGCCGGGCCACCGACUGCGUGCAGUACCAGCAUAUCCUGCAUAGAAACCUCAUUUAUUUAGCUACAAUUGCUGAUGCGACGCCUCCCAGCACGCAGAAGACUGUAGACUAACUACGCACACCUGGGCACCAGCAGUGAUGCUUUAAGAAUCUCUAUACAUACUUUAGAGUCCCACUUUGAGAGCUGAGGUGUGGUCUUGACAGGCAGGUAAAGCAUCAUCCAUACCUCUAUGUUAAAAAUAUGAAUGUAGCUUUUGGUGUAGUAUUAGGCUUUUUCCCCAUUACUGUAAGCAGAACUUAAGGGUGAUGAUUACCACGCUCCCUUUUCCUCUCUGAAAAGCUCCACAUAGUAUACUUCUGAAAAGAGCCUGGUUGCCAGGACAGCACUACCAGAGAUGCCUUUGGAGGAUUCCUGUGGUCUGAUUGAAGCAGAGACUGUUUCAUGACUACAGUUGUGUAAUAAUAGGGCAAGCAUUUAGCUAGUUAACCUCUCUACCUCCAUCAUGACAAAGUCAGUCAUACAUUACCAUAUAUACAAGAGUGUUUUGUAUCUUGUGUCAUAGGAAUUGUGCUUAAUAAACCGAAGAUGGUAUUUGUAAAUUACAGUAUAUUCUGGAUUAAUGUAACAUAUUAAAGUAUCAGUUCAGUGAUUUAAUUAAAUUGUAAUGUUAACUUUUCUAGGAAAGGUGUGACUCUUGGGUAACUUAGAGCAGUUAAGUACAAGGGAGAAAUUGAGCCUUUGUUGCCAUGAAGGAAGGCUGUAUGUUUGCCCAAGUUGAGUCAAGAUUUUUUCUUUCUGCUUGAAACGCCCUGUACUGCAGACUCUGUAAAUGAGUAAAUUCUUGCAUAAUCAAAACGGA